UCAAUUUCUGCCGAUCUUUUCUUCCUAAGUGUUUUUAGUGACCACUUGUUUCUUCAAGCUCUUGAGAGUAGUUAACUCAAUAACGUGGGGGUUUUUACAAUAUGUAAUUGCAGUUCCUAAAGCAAGCAAUUUGGCCUCUGAACUAAUAGCAGUGGUCAGGACUUUCAAGACUGCUGUGGAAGGCUGUUAGGUGAUGGGAAGGAAGUCUGACCAAGGCUGUGGACCUGAGGAGUGUUGGCUGUGUGGAGGCUUUCACAUCCACGUCCUCCUAAAAAGACACUGACAGAAAAGGUGGACAUGACUGGUGCAUGUCUGUUUGACAAAACAGAGCUGUGGAUACGGUUCGAAAGCCUCGUGUCAGGAAUGCUGCCCGGGCUUGGGCCACUGGCCCCAUCGCUCCCGUUUAUCCUGUGACGGGCGUCAGCUGCUGGCCGCUGCCGAGGGCAGGAACACAAGAAAUAUUUUUGUAAAUGGGGAAUAAAAAUUCUUUUCUUCCCAGGGAGAAUGGAAGUGUUUCUUCGCCUUCCCGGGGCGUUUACAGGCACGAUUGGCUGGCGGCGGGGGCGGCAGGGCCCCGGCAGGACAAAGUCUCUCUGUGGAGGGCUGCUCAGAGCCGGCUUUGUCCUGCCGGGCUCCGGCCGCCCCCGCGGGGCUCCGCCGCAGCCCCUCGCCAGCGGCCUGGCCAGUUCCCUCGCGGGGCGGAGGCGGGAGAAGCAUUCCCGAGGCUGCCGGGACUGACCGCCAGCCCCCGGAGCCGCGGGCGCCGGGCCCGGCGAUGUUACUAUGGGAGCGACGCAGGGCUCCGCCGGGAGCGGCCCGCGGGAGCCCGCGGCGGGGGCGGAGCAGGCCCCAGGCAUGGAAGAGCUGAUAUGGGAACAGUACACAGUGACCUUACAAAAGGAUUCAAAACGAGGAUUUGGGAUUGCAGUUUCUGGCGGCAGAGAUAACCCUCAUUUUGAAAAUGGUGAAACAUCAAUAGUAAUUUCGGAUGUUCUCCCAGGUGGUCCAGCAGAUGGAUUACUUCAAGAAAAUGACCGAGUGGUCAUAGUUAAUGGGACAGCGAUGGAAAAUGUUCUACAUUCUUUUGCAGUUCAACAGCUUAGGAAAAGUGGGAAAGUGGCCACCAUUGUAGUGAAAAGACCAAGGAAAGUGCAGGCUGCUGCGCUGCAGAGAAGCCCCUCCCUUGACUAUGAAGACAGAGCUUUAGAUGUAAUGGAUGACCAUGCAGAAUUUGAUGGCAAAAGUGCUCGAAGUGGCUACAGUGAGAGAAGCUGGCACAGUGGAAACGGAGGGCGCAGCCAAAGCUGGGGAAACAGCCUGGAUCAGAGCUAUAGAGAUGAGCACGACCGAGGGCGUAACCGAAGCAGAGACUGUGACAUGGAAUGCAGCUACAGCCGCGAUCGAAGUCGUGGUAGGAGUGUUGACAGGAGCUUGGAUCGAGACUAUCGAAGGGACCGGAGCAGGGGAAGGAGCAUCGACAGGGAUGCUGGCUAUGAGCGGGACUACAGAGGAGACUACAGCCCACCCAGUUACAGUCACGGAUCUUUAUCUGAUCCUAGAUAUGGGAGGGAAAUGAGGAGUCGUAGCCGGGACAGGCUUCGUUCCCGCAGUCCUUCGCCAGAAAUACACCACCAACAUGAGUACCUAGGACCACAGGAUCAGAAUGCACCAAUCAGUGUUCUCUUAACAAAAGGCAGAUAUAAUGAAGAGUAUGGACUCCGUCUUGGAAGUCAGAUCUUCAUAAAAGAAAUGACCCGUACUGGCCUAGCAACCAAAGAUGGCAACCUGCAUGAAGGAGAUAUCAUUCUCAAGAUCAAUGGUACAGUGACAGAAAACAUGUCUCUAGCUGAUGCCCGAAAAUUGAUUGAGAAAUCACGUGGGAAACUCCAGCUGGUUGUUCUCAGGGACCGAAAGCAGACACUGCUCAACAUUCCUUCAUUGAACGACAGUGACUCAGAAAUGGAUGAUAUUUCUGAAAUAGAGUCAAACAGAUCAUUCUCCCCUCAAGAUGACAGAUCACACCAUUCUGAUCUAGAUUCACAUUCAUCCAAUGAAAAACUGAAAGAGAAACCAAAUGCAAAAGAGGAUCCCUCCAGUAGGAUGUCCAGAAUGGGAGCAAUGCCUACUCCAUUCAAAUCAACUAGUGACAUUGCUGCUCCUGCUGUUACAGCUGUAGACUCAAACAAAGAACUGAAGUACCAAGAUGACCCACCAGUGCCUCAGCCAAAGGCAGUUACACGAACAAUUCUUAAACCCAGCCCAGAAGAUGAAGCAAUAUAUGGUCCUAAUACAAAAAUGGUGAGAUUCAAGAAGGGGGAUAGCGUGGGUCUACGACUGGCUGGUGGAAAUGAUGUAGGGAUAUUUAUUGCUGGAAUUCAAGAAGGUACCUCAGCUGAUGAGGAGGGACUGCAGGAAGGAGAUCAGAUUCUUAAGGUAAACACUCAAGACUUCAGAGGCAUUGUUCGGGAAGAAGCUGUUUUGUAUCUCUUAGAAAUUCCCAAAGGUGAAACUGUGACAAUUUUAGCUCAAAGCAAAUAUGAAGUCUACAGAGACAUCAUGGCCUGUGGCAGAGGAGAUUCAUUCUUCAUCAGGAGUCACUUUGAGUGUGAAAAAGAGUCACCACAGAGCUUAGCAUUCACCAGAGGGGAGAUCUUUAGAGUAGUUGAUACACUGUAUGAUGGCAAACUGGGAAACUGGCUGGCUGUGAGAAUUGGAAAUGAACUGGAAAAGGGCCUCAUUCCAAAUAAGAGCAGAGCUGAACAGAUGGCCAGUGUUCAAAAUGCCCAAAAAGAUGGCUCAAGUGAUAGGGCAGAUUUUUGGAGAACACGUGGCCAGCGAUCUGGAGCAAAGAAGAAUCUGAGGAAGAGUCGUGAAGAUCUGACAGCUAUUGUAUCUGUGAGCACAAAAUUCCCAGCUUACGAGCGUGUUCAGUUGCGUGAAGCUGGUUUUAAGAGACCUGUGGUGAUAUUUGGCCCUAUUGCAGAUGUCGCUAUGGAGAAGUUGUCAAAUGAUUUGCCUCACCUGUACCAGACAGCAAAGACAGAACCCAGAGAUGCAGGUUCAGAGAAGUCAACUGGGGUAGUGCGCUUGAACACUGUGAGGCAAAUCAUUGAGCAGGAUAAACAUGCUCUGUUGGAUGUCACUCCUAAAGCAGUGGACCUGCUAAAUUACACCCAGUGGUUUCCAAUUGUGGUCUUCUUUAACCCAGACAGUAAACAGGGUGUGAAGACCUUGAGACAAAGGCUAUGUCCUACAUCAAACAAGAGCUCGAGAAAACUUUAUGAGCAAGCAAACAAACUGAAGAAAACUUGUUCCCACCUCUUUACAGCAACAAUUAAUUUGAAUUCAGCCAAUGAUAGCUGGUAUGGUAGCCUGAAGGAUACAAUUCAGCAACAGCAAGGAGAAGCAGUAUGGGUAUCAGAAGGAAAGAUGGAUGGCAUGGAAGAUGACGCAGAUGAUCGUAUGUCUUACCUUACUGCCAUGGGUGCUGACUAUUUGAGCUGUGACAGCCGGCUGAUCAGUGACCUAGAGGAUACAGAUGGAGAAGGUGGUGCAUACACUGACAAUGAACUUGAUGAGCCUUUGGAGGAAACAAGGAUUUCAUCUGUUAGCCGAUCCUCUGAACCUGUGCAUCACGAGGAGAGUUUGAAAAAGUUUACUCCAGAACCAAGGGCUCAGUUGAGAAAAGCUGGUAGCAGGGAGAUCCUUAGAGAGCCAAGUCCACCUCCAGCAUUCAAGCCUGAACCACCUAAGGGGAAGUUACAAAAUAGAGAGGAUCCAUAUGACUUCCCCAAGAACUAUGACUCCAAGUUGAGUAAUAUUGCUGUAAGCAGUGAGACUUCAACUGUAUCAGCUAAAGCACCACCACCACCUCUUUCUGUGAAACCUGCCUUUGGGCGUCCCAUUCUGAGAAACUCUCAGCCAGCAGUCCUGCCUGCAGAGGAGGAGGAGGAGGCAGCAAAGUUGGAAGAGGAAGGAAGUGAACAAGAAAAUACUUCAAAAUCAGUACUGAGGAAAGUAAAAAUAUUUGAGGAGAUGGAUCACAAGGCAAGGAUGCAAAGAAUGCAAGAGCUACAAGAGGCUCAAAACGCCAGGCUUGAAAUAGCCCAAAAGCAUCCGGAUAUUUAUGCUGUCCCUGUCAAAACACAGAAGUCAGAACAGACCUGGCCCCAGCCAGUGAGCUCCAGGCCUCCAGAACCCCAGAAGGCUCCUGUUAGACCUUACCUGGAAAACCGUGUCAGUUAUGGCAGCGAUGCGGAGGAGGAGGAGGAGGAGUACCGCCGGCAGCUGGCAGACCAUUCUAAGAAGGGCUAUUAUGGACAGCCAUCCAGAUACAGAGACACAGAAUUGUAGGCUUGCUAGCAUGUCCAUGUCUAACACUCUUCUGAGGUUUCUUCCUUCGCAGCCAAAGUGGAACAGUAAUUAGUCUUGAAAGCUGUAUUUUUACUGGGGGUGGUGUUAGAGGAGUUGGUGUUACUCAACUCAGACAUAUCUAUACACUGGAACUGGAAGAGUUCAUUUUUUUGGGGAUAUUAUUUUGUCAGUGUCUAUGAGAAGAAAUCACUAUUGCCUGAAUGCUGUUGCCUGUUUUACAAGGACCAAAUCCUUAAAGUUUGUGUUAAUUCUUGGCAUUUUCAUAUUUUAAUAUAAGUCCCCCUUUUUCCUUUUUAUUAAUGCUGCCUUUUUGGACUGUUCUGCUGUGUUAUAAAAGUAUGAUCCCAGAGAUACACUUCUAAUGCAAUAGAACUAAAUGUGAAAGUGUAUUUGAAGAACAGUAAGUGCCUUUAACAAGAAGCAUCUGAAGCUGUUUGUUUCGACAUAUGAUACUUGGUGCAAAGCCAUAACACACUAAAAAGGGGAUUGACUGUUCUACCUAUCUUUAUUUUUUAUCAGUUUCAUGGUAACAAUUUUCCUUGCAUGUUAUUUUUCUAAGUUCAUAGAUGCAUAUGAUAUAUUCAAAAAUACAGACUGUACAUAUUAAAGGUGCAAUUGAAUGGAUGGUUGGAAAAGACCAGGAUGUGCUUAAACAGAGAAAAUGGUGUAGAAAAUUCAGUCACAUAUUAAAAUUUACACAGAUUGCAAAUAAUAAAGUAUAUAUUCUAGACAAACCUUGUGUAUCUCAUUUUUCUUUUCAACAGUAUUAGUUUAGAAUUGCUGACUUUCAUGAGUACACUGUUUCAGUUCAGGGUCUCCUCUCCUGUUCAAGUAACUGGGAAACAUCACUAUUGAUGUGCUUCACACUUUCUGAACAUCAUUUUAAAAUCUGCUUUAAAGUGAUUGAAAACUGGUGCAAAACUAUGGAGUUCCUGCAAGGGACUUACUUCUAGAAUAUUAAAUUUUGCCUCACCAUUUGUGCUCUUUAGCCUUAUACAAUAAAAUUUUUCAAAGUAUAAAGAAGAAAGAAAAAUUUCUUUUGAUCAUACAAUAUGAAAG